AUGGAAGUGGAGCCCAUGCGGUUCAGCAGGCCUCGGGCGAGCAUCCAGGAAGGCUUUCGACAGAUGCGGCAAUCCAUCCAGAUGGUGAUCCAGAAUCUGACUCACGCCGAUGCCUUGUAUGAGAAGGUGAGCAAGGACAGACGAGGUGCUGCCCAAGAGUACCUUCAACGUGGCUGGCUCCGACGGGUUUUGCUGCUCCUACCGGCGGGCCAUGCCUGGCUGAAGAUUCAACGUUUCAGCAUUGUGCUCCCCUACUCAGUGAGAGUGGCGCUGAUUUGCAUGAAGUUGAUCAGCUGCGGCUUUCUGAGCCUCAACGUCUCCGCAGUGUUGGGAGAUGGUCUGAUUCUGGUGCUCUUCUUCACGCGCAAGCUGCGAGUCGUAGAACGACCCCUUUGGACAGAAGAGAUGAAAAGCAGACAGCGUUGCUGGUGGAGGGUAAGGACCUUCGUCGACAUCGAACUCGUCGACAUCUUCGACAUCGUCGCGUCGAUUUCUCGACCAGAACCGGCGAAAUAUGGAUUUCAUUGCAGGAGCAUUGUCUUCUGGGUGGUUGCGGUAGCCUACAGCAGCUUUUGUCAGCUCUACAUUUGCCUAUUUCUGGCCACAGUGAGAGACGCAGACGCGCAACAGUGGCUUGAGAGUGUGGGUGUCAGCCUUCUUCAGGACUUGUUGCUAAAGCCUUUCCUUUUCGCGCUGAUCGUGGCAAGCAUGUCUACCAUUGUUCUUGCCUGCAACGCGCGCGUACGGAGGAAGCUUGAAGCUCAGUGGUUGGAAGAAGAGAACAAAGUUCAGGAGAGUGACCUGUCGCCGCAUCAGGCGGCCAGUCACUGCAUUUACAAUUCCUUCGCUUUGCAGAAGGCCAUGCCAUGGGCCAGGAUGUUUGAUCACAUGCCCUGCGCGCUGAUGACCGUCGCCAUUGCGAACUUGCUGCCCACCGCUUCCACCUUGGCUGCGAGCCCUUGGAGUGCCAGGAGUACACGACUGACCAUGGCAGAUCCCGUUCUGGGAGCACAUGGGCUUAAAUUGAAAGGGUGCUCAGGGGCUCCUCGCUACGACGCUACCGAGGUUUUGGGCCUGGCAGGAAAGGGCCCGGCAGAGUGUCGCGAGCCCACCGGAAGGAAGAGUCGGAAGGAGGCUGCCGAAGUGCGAGAAUCCACUACGAAGGCCUUGCUGCGCAGCUGGCCUGGUGGAGAUCUCGAGGAGCUCUGGUCGGUGGUUGGAGGCCUUUCAGGGCUGGAUGCCUUGCAAGCCUUGCACGCUCGGCAGGUGAAGGUGAAGAAGGCGAUCUUCUUCGACGUCAGUGAACUUCAACUGCAGUAUGGCCAACUGCUGCUGCACCUGAUCCAACUGCAUCCGACUCGCGAAGCUUUGGUGGAAGCGCUCUAUGGACGCUCCAUGGCACGCUUCGGCCGCGUCUUGUGCGCCUCCAACAUGAUGGACUUCCUCAACGAAGCUCCAGCGGCUGAGCCGGAGAUCCAGACCCGCGAGCGGUUGCCAGAGCAGCUGCAGGAGCUCUAUCGCAGUGUCUUCCGCUGCAUCAGCCGUCCCUCCUCAUGGCCGGUCGUGUGGCCUUGCUUCGGUCGGAGUUCGUCACUGCCCCAGCGGCGCAUGGCACCCGUAAGCCUCAGCAAGGCGCAACGACGCCUGGGAGGCCACCGCAACGAAGCCUUCCACAUCAACGAAGCGGGGUGGUUGAAGAGUGAUGAGACCUUUCAACAGCUUCGCUCUUGCAUCCUGGAGCUUCAGAAGCGGAACUGCCUGGAGUUUCGACACCUCAACUUCAGGGACAUACCGAAAGUCGGUGAGCAACGGGUGAUCUUCAUUUCGAACAUCGAUGGAUCACCCCAGUUCUUAGCCGACGACCAGCUGGGCGCUUGGCGUCGGGAAGCGCAUGGCACGUUGCUCUUAUCCACACGUGGCGCGGAAUGGCUUCCAUGA